CGUAUUCUUGUUUUUGAAACAAAUCGUGUUUUGGGUUUCUCCCACCCAUCAUACACUAUUCCUGUGCCUUUUUAGACAUUUUUGCCCUUUCCUUCCCAAAGUUACUCGGGGGAACAGAUUAUUUCAGGGGAACUGAGCACAACGUGGUGGCCGCAUUUUCUUAUCACCGCUGAAAUUCUGGCCCUCGCUUGGUCGUUUCCUGAUGACGCUAUAUUUGAUUUGUUUGGUCUCGAGUUAGGAAAAAAAAAAAAAAGGCUCGUGACCAAAUAUUGCAUCAGAGCACGAGACCCAUGGCCGGCAGUUGCUGCUGUAAGAAAAGCAACAUUUUGGAUGACCCCAUGGUGACCUCCCAGAUUUCCCAGUUUUGUGUUGUGGUGCAGGAGACCAGUAGAUGGCACUGUAUACAUUACUGCAAUUUCACUACACUAAGGGAAGCCCUUCAAUAAGGUAUCUGUGAAAAUAAAAUCUCUCUUACUGAUACAUCAGGUUAAACAGAACAGGUUUUUAAUAGUUAUCCAAGGCCAGUUUUUCCAUCCACAAGUCAAAUCUAUUCUCUUUACCCUGGAUGUAUCACGGUGAUUAGCCUGUAUUAGGCAAAGGAAAGGCCAGCGGUCUACUAUUAGUGGUCCUGGAUCCAGUUAAUUCAGCGAUCAGCAGUCAGACAGGCCACCUUUGUCUGAAAACGUCUAACACAUAACAAGGCAAAUUAAAGUCAUGCACAGCCUGUGAAGAGCUGAAGGAUCGCCUCUGCCUCAUCUGGUACAUAAUUCAAGUCAAAUAAUGAUCUAAGCAGCGAGGCGUUGAGAAGCUCCUUGGUAUGAUAUGGAGAACUGGCAGUGUCUGCUGCUGCUGACUGCAAUAACUUUAAGGCCUUGCUCUGGAGGGGUGAGGAAAAAUGAUGAUGGCAUUGACCCUUUCGGCUUUCUGAGAAAUAUUUACAGUGCACUGCUGUUGAGAGACGAGCCGUUCGUCAGGGACUCUGAGCUUAAAGAGCUGAGGCGCCCAGCAGACCUUGCAGUCAUACAGCAAACUAAGGACAAAGCACUCAGUCAGGGCAGAGACGAGGCUGAUGGACCAGUGGUGUUUACCAAAAACGGACAGAUCAAGGGGGUUACUGUGGAUAAGGCCCAUAUAUUCUAUGGGGUACCCUAUGCAGACCCUCCUGUUGGUGCCUAUCGCUGGAAGCCCCCUAGACCUGUAAGCACGUGGUCUGGAGUUUACGAUGCCUCUUUCCCCCGGGCAGCAUGCAUGCAGGUCUGCAGUGGAUCCAGCUCCGCAGAGUGUCCUAAGAAGGUCAGCGAGGACUGCCUCUACCUCAACAUCUUCAUACCUCUCGACCUUAACUUCACCUCCCCUCUGUGGCGCCCCCUGCCUGUCAUGGUGUGGAUCCAUGGGGGCGAUUUCAUUGCCGGAUCUGCCUCCAAGCCCAUGUAUGAUGGACGCUUCCUCAGUAACUUCACUCACACUGUUGUUGUGAACCUGGAGUACCGACUGGGGGCGUUUGGAUUCCUUGUUUCGGGCACAGAUCCUCUGUCCACCGCUACGGGGAAUUAUGGGAUCUUGGACCAGCAGGCGGCUCUUCUCUGGGUGCAGCAGAACAUUGCAGCAUUCGGGGGUGACCCCAGCAAGGUAACCAUAUUUGGAGAGAGUGCAGGUGCGCAGUCAGUGAGUCUUCACUUGAUGAUCCAAAGCAGCAAAUCUCUGUUCAAACAAGCUGUCCUGCAGAGCCUGCCUUUUUCCAUCCCACUCAAAACCAGAUAUGAUGCCCUGAGGCUGGGAAAAGACUUUGCUAAAGAAACCAACUGCUCUGUGAGCAACUUCAUCUGCCUGCUGUCUCUCACCCCUCAGGCUGUCCUGAGUGCACAGAUGAAAACACGUUCUAAGAUCGUGAACCCGUUCAGAUUCCUGGAGGUUUUUGAGACAUGGGGCCCGCACAUUGAUGGGGAGCUGAUAAAAGAGCAGGCUAUCACCGCCUUUCAGAAGGGCGACUGGCAGAAAGAGAAGGCAUUACUGCUGGGAACCACCUCAGAAGAAGGAGUGCUGUUUGUUUAUGGGGUCUUUAACAAGCCAGUGUCUGUUGUGGAGGCCAUCAUGUACAUCGCAGCCAUCUUUAAGCAACACACUUUGAGGAUCCUACACAAAUAUCUGCCUCUCUACAGGGAAGCUGACUUCAGGCAUAUGCUAACCCAGAUCGUUACCGAUUACGUCUUCCUGUGUCCCUCCAGGAGGUCAGCGCAUGCUGCUGUUGCCACAGGCAGUCAGGUGUGGAUGUACGUGUUCGACCAUGUCGCAUCCGACUGCAGCGUCUGGUCGGGUCUGACAUUCUGCUACAAGCAUGUCUGCCACGGUGCUGAACUGCCGUUUCUCUUUGACUCUGCCCUGGUUGCCAACUACUCCCUAUCCCCGUCUGAAAAGCUACUAUCUAAUCGGAUGCUAUGCUACUGGGGGGCUUUUGCACACACUGGUGACCCGUCCUCAAGACUUCAGCAGACGGCUUUCUGCCGGGAGCAGCGUCUUCCUGUUUGGCCGCGCUAUUUCGACACCAGCGACUGGCUUGUCAUGAACCUGACAGUGCGGUCGCAUGCGCAAGUCGGAACCAGGAACCAUAUAUGUGACUUUUGGGACCGGCUAGGGAUCUACUAGGGAGAGAAUUUGCCGGGUGUCAACAUGCCUCGUUUUACAUGGUUAAAAUUUUAGCGUAAAGCUGUGUAUCUUUAAAACCUUUAAACUGCUGAAAGUCAGGAAACCAAAAUCGCCCAAAGAAGAUAUGUCAAAGAUUUUCUCUUCUAUCCUGAAGGCUUUGACAGCGAACGUCACAUGACCAGGAGAGAAGAACAGUACAAAGAACUCCUAGAAAUGUACAAAUGUGGAGAGACACCAUUUGUUUCAAAAUGCGUGGCAGGUUGGGGAAAGAUGGCGAUGACCUGCCACCAUUCUAAAGUCAACAUACAGUAAAGACUAGUCAACUAACCUUACUUAAAUGAUAGUAGUAACAAUGCAACGAUUCUUUCUAUGCAAUAAAACAUUGUCACAAAGCGAAUACUCUACAGGAUUUACUCAUGCCAUUUAUUGUGUCGGGAGAAUUUCUGUUUCUUAUUUAUUGCAGAAUAUGUCUGACAGAAAAGGAAAAUAAACUUUUUAGUGUAAUUAA